UGUGUGUGUGUGUGUGUGUGUGUGUGUGUGUGUGUGUGUGUUUGUGUGUGUGGCGCGCACCUCCCCUCUCCAUAACGCAACGAGCCUCCUCUCGCUUUACGCAGCCUGCUCACAAUUCCUGCUUUUCGUGCCAGAGCCUGCAGCUGUCUCUGUUGCGUCCCUCUCCGCCGCUGCUCUGGGAAACCGUCGCCUCUCUCGUGACGAACCGACGCCAGACUUCUCCCUUCGAGAGUCCGCGUAAAAGCCGAAGGACAUAUCGCAACUUACCAACAAUUUCCAACAGUGUUUUUAAGGAGGUGAAUGAAGACACCUGACCGCCGCGCGUAACGCCCCAUCCGCCUGCUGACUGAAAUCUUUUCCAACUGUGAAGGCUACAGGAAUGUGGAAUAAAAAUCUGUCUCAGCGUAUGCCUCUGCCCCUGACACCAUGACCAUGGACCUGAACUUAACCUCCCUGCUCAAUGUCACGGAUUUCCACAACCACACGAAAGGAUGUUCCCUGACCAAGACCGGCUUACAGUUCUACUACCUGCCCACGGUUUACAUCAUGGUCUUCAUCACGGGGCUGGUGGGCAACAGCUUGGCCAUCUGGAUGUUCGUGUGCCACAUGAGACCCUGGAGCAGCAUCUCGGUCUACAUGUUCAACCUGGCUCUGGCUGACUUCUGCUACGUCCUCUCUCUGCCCUUCCUAAUCUUCUACUAUUUCAACAAGACGGACUGGAUAUUUGGGGAUGUCCUGUGCCGCCUGCAGCGCUUCAUAUUCCACGUGAACCUUUACGGGAGUAUUCUGUUUCUGACCUGCAUCAGCGUCCACAGGUACACUGGCGUGGUGCACCCGCUUAAGUCUCUGGGUCGACUGAAGAAGAAAAACGCGGUUAUCACCAGCACGCUGGUGUGGGUGGUGGUCAUUAUAGCCAUCUCCCCCAUCCUGUAUUACUCCAGGACGGGCUUGAAGCGUAAUGCAACCACUUGUUACGACACCACCAGCAAGGAUGAGCUACCCGGUUAUUUCAUCUACAGCAUGACUUUGACUGUGUUCGGGUUCUGCAUCCCUUUCAUCAUCAUAUUUUGUUGCUAUGGCAUGAUUGUCAAAGCGCUGAUCUGCAAUGACAUGAACAACGCGCCCCUGCGGCGGAAAUCGAUCCACCUGGUCAUCAUCGUGCUCACGGUCUUCGCCGUCUCCUACAUGCCUUUCCACGUGAUGAAGAACCUCAACAUGAGGGCCAGGCUGUACUUCCAGGGCCCCGACAUGUGCGAGUUUAAUAACCGCGUCUACGCCACCUACCAGGUGACGCGGGGGCUGGCCAGCUUAAAUAGCUGCGUGGAUCCUAUUCUUUACUUCCUUGCUGGAGACACCUUCAGGAGGAAGCUGUCGCGGGCCACAAAGAAGACCUCGAGGAGGGGGGAAACUGUGCUUCAGUCUAAGAGCGAGGAGACGGCACUCAACAGCCUGGCCGAGUAUGUGGAGAAUGGGGAUCGGAGGCUGUGAUAGGGCACCGCUGAGUGUCUGGCACUGGGUGUGGAUCUCUAUUAGCUUAAGAGAACCGGACGGACAGUAUUAAAUAAAUAAAUGCACUGUCUGGGACUGAAGGCUGUAUGUAGAAUUUAUCGGCCAAUGGUUUAUAGAACUGUAGGAUAGAGAGUUUACCUUGUGAUAACAGUCACCCGUUUGCAGCCUGUCAGUGUUGAUAACCUUUAGUACUGUAUGGUCCCGUACACGUAUUCUCAAACUGUUAGAGCCAUUACUCUUCGUUCUUACACUUUGUAUUCACAAAAUGAACAUUACGAUCGGGCAGGAAGGGGCCGCAGGUUCCUAUAAAGGCAAUAAUGCCCCACGCAAUCAAUUUGUCCAGGAAGUGAGAAUGGAUAGUACCUUCUCCAGCCACUGAACUGAUACUUAAUCAAUAGCUAUUAAGCAGGUGGGAAUUUGUGGUUAAGGAAGUGUACCUGGGACGGCUUGUAAAAGUAAAUGCACUGAAGGUGAGAUUGCUGCAUGGACGUGCCAUGCAGACAUUGUAAUGCACUAUGACCAGGGACUCUCUGCUCAGAGGACGACCUAUCGCUCCUCAUUUCUUUCUCCAUCUAUUACUGACUCGGCCAGGAACGUGGUCGACCAGUUUUUCCUUUUGACAGCUCUGAGGUUAAGGGUCCCACAGUCCCCCCAGUCCUUGUUAACAUGUUCCCUACAGAACAACAAAAGAAAAUACAUACAGUAUUUAUGUGAAUAUGUAUUUUUGUGUAUAUGAUACUAUGAUGAAUGUUUGGUUUUUUUUAAGUGUACUGUACAGAAUGUCGUGACGUUCCAGACGAGUUUGUGUUGUUCACUGUUUUUUUGUUCAAGUCACUAAACCCCAAACCUUUAGUGCAUGAGUUCAGGCAGGUUUUAACGAACUGUUUAUAACGGCACAGGGAUUAUUCGCAAAACACACACACACACACACGCACACACGCACACACGCACACACGCACUCACCUGCUAUGUGACUCCAUCAAUAUUGAAGAUUGUUUUUCAUAUAAGAUACCUCAAAGUAAAUUCUGCACUGUGUUUGUGCUUUGGUACCGUUGUUUUGUACCUGUUGUAGUCAUUCUGGAGAAAUUACUGUGGAGCUUUCUCUCUCUCUCUAUAUAUAAAUAUAUAUAUUUUACCCUGGACUACAUAGAUGUUUGACGUCUCUACUAAUACGUUUGUAAAUUUGAAAUGUGGUCAUCGACUGUCACGAGAAAGGAAGUGAAACACCUGUACAGGAAAUCUGGGGCCACGUGUAUCUUUGUCAAUAAAUUCUUUUUAUAUUUAAAACAUGCCCGACAAUGUGAUGAGGAUAAUUCUUCUAAGAUGGUGGGUAACUUUAAGACUCGUGUGCACUGUUGUGAGUGAGCAAAUACUGUUGGCAACAUUUGAGAUUUGGCCCUUUGCUGCUCCUCCUCUCUCUCUCUCUCUCUCUCUCUCUCUCUCUCUCGUGAGUGUGUGCUACCGUUAACUUUCUUCUUCAACACUGCCAGGAGGAAGUGAGGGGACGAGGGAGGAAUAAAAAGUGGCACCUUUUACUCCUGGCUUAUCCUAAGACAGCCUUUGUGUCCGUCACAAUGGCGUGGCCUUAUUGAUGCAGACAGGGGGUGCGAGGCUGUCGCCAGGGCCUCUGGGCUACGCUGUGUUGUGGGCGCAGGAAACUGGCCGACCCUCUUCCUCCAAACACGGCCUGUGAAUACAAACGGCUUUUGAUUUCCUGGCUUGAACGUGCACAGAGCAUAGCUGGCUUUGACAAGUGUGUGUGUAUCUGUGUGUUGAAGAGCCCGGAGGCAAAGGAGACCUUAUUCCACGAGGCAACUGCUUUGGCUUCUGUUUGUUGGUCACUGGUUGUCGUUUCAUUGUCAAACGCAGCCACUGGGACAUGCAUAUGCAACACAGGCAUGUUAAUACACAUGUAUUUCUGUUUCUAUUUGUGGGAUACAAAUCCUCUGUGCUCUGUGUACACGUGAUUGGAUUCAGCCAGUGCCAUAUCUCCAGCCUGAGUGUCGAAUCUUGACUUGCAGAAAGGUUGGGAUGCUUGCCAGUGUCUCCUCCCUCCCUCCCUCCUCAGCCACCUUUCACCUCUUUUCUCGCACACCUCUCUAUUCUAAAUGCAGAGUUUGAAAAAAGCCUUUGUUCCCUGUAUUCCCCUUUGUCCAGGGGAAUAUCUGAAUAAGAAUUCGGAGGAGAAGAGAUGGAAGAGUCGAGUGUGAGAAGGGAAGACAAAGUUUGUUUGUGUGUCUGUUAAGAGGAGGGGAGAGGGCCCCGCAGUUUAAUCACAAUCAGGGCAGCUAAGCUAAAAUACUGAGCUUUGUUCCCAGAGAUUUACAGUCAGGGCUGCAACGAGUACAUCCAUCACAGGGGCAACGUCGUUCUGAGCCCAAAAAAUACCGCGAACCACACAGAAACCAAACGUAAUCAACAUGCCAGUGGUGAAGAGCCCCUGAUACAAACAGUUGGCACUGAUGUGGUUAAGUUGCAAAUUCUACUGCAUCCAUUGGCACCAUGUGACAUCAAAUGAGAGAAUAUAAACUCCCAUACACUGUAUAUAAAUUCCAUAAUUGUUGCUAUAAAAUUUUGGGUCAUGCAAUGUGUCAUUAUGUUAUCAUGCACUAACCUGAACAUCAAUGGUCCUGUAUUGCAUUAUACUGUCAUCAUAAUAAAUUACACUUGUGCA